AUGGAGACCGAUUUUGAACAAAUGCUUUCCCAGGUGAAUGGUCGUACAGGAAGUCAGGAGCAGACGGUCCCCGACAACGGAGAAAUCAUUCACAUAUCCUCUCUCGCCCUAUUGAAGAUGCUCAAGCAUGGACGCGCGGGUGUCCCGAUGGAGGUCAUGGGACUUAUGCUUGGGGAGUUUGUAGACGAAUACACUGUUCAAGUCAUCGAUGUAUUCGCCAUGCCGCAAUCUGGGACGUCAGUCUCCGUUGAAUCUGUUGACCAUGUAUUCCAGACCAAAAUGCUGGAGAUGCUGAAGCAGACAGGCAGGUCGGAGAUGUCCUUCGAACAACUGGAUACUCGAUCUGUUGCAGUUGUCAUUGAUCCUAUCCAGUCCGUCAAGGGCAAGGUUGUUAUCGACGCUUUCCGCCUCAUCAAUCCCGCGUCUGUUGUGCAGGGCCAAGAACCCCGACAAACAACGUCCAACAUUGGGCACAUUAACAAGCCGUCAAUACAAGCCCUCAUUCACGGACUGAAUCGACACUACUACUCAAUCGUCGUCAACUAUCGCAAGUCGGACCUUGAGCAGUCGAUGCUGAUGAAUUUGCACAAACGAAAUUGGACGGAGGGAUUAACGCUUCGGGACUUCAAGUCGCACAAAGAAGCUAACGAGAAAGCAAUCAAGUCCAUGCUUGCCCUCUCGGGAGCUUAUAAUAAAUCAGUACAAGAAGAGUCGACGUUGACCUCGGACCAGCUAAAGACACGGCAUGUGGGCAAACAGGACCCAAAAAGACAUCUAGAAGAACAGGUAGAGAAGGCCAUGGGAGAUCAGGUGGUACAGAAUUUAGGCACCAUGCUCCUUGCCGAGUUGUAA